GGUCCUGGACGCGGGAAGCUGGGAGCAUUGCCAGUCCAGAUUGCAGAGCAUUGGAGUAGCUCACCAUGGCCCCUCGCGUUGAGCAAGACAAGCAGAGUACUGGCGGGUCUGCUCUGGCCGCCGUGCCGGAAGAUGCUGCCGCUGCAGUUGAACCCUAUCUGCCGCGCCCUUGUCAAGCGCAGCCUAGCCAUAGCUACAACCUCCACCUCCGCAGUUGUUGAUUGACGCCGAUCGACACGUGUCACUGAUUCGCAGCUGUUAUAGGUCUCGGUACUAGCGUACCAAUACGUUUCCUCGCGAGGAGUGCAAGACUAUUUCAUCGGCCUCACGCUCGUGGCCAAAGAACGUGGCUGCAAAAAGUCCACCCUGUAACAUACACUAGACAUUCUACAAGAUGGAAGACACAAAAAGCCAAUCUAGAGCACAGGUUCUGAUUGUUGCUCUGCCUCGAACAAGCACGAGAGCUCUUCGACUGGCACUAGAAGAACUCGGGAAUUGCGAUAUUUUCCUAUGGGAUGCUAUGUGCAAUUGGAAAAAUCAUCAAGAAGUCUGGGCGCAGCUACUUCAGCACAAGGGCAACACUGACGAUGCCGUGUCCAUGGAUAAGUUCGUAUCAGAGCUGAAUUCCUUUGCCAACGUGACCGACUGGCCGAGAACGCUCCUCACCCAGCAACUGUGGAAGGCCAAUCCCGAUCUAAAAAUCGUUCUUGCCGUUCGAGAUACUCCCGAGGCCUGGUUUCAAUCGUUCAAAGACACGAUAUGGCAGUAUCAAAGCCGUAAGUACUGCCCGCGUGGAUUUUCGGCCGUGUUGUGGUACCUCGCCAUCGCCUACAACGGCUUCGGAAGAGAUACCCUGGAGGUGCAAGGUCCUUUUGCAUCCGUGUUCAUGCAGCAUACGCUGCGUCGCUUUCCCCAGGACGGGAAACAGUGGUAUAUCGAUCACAAUACGCUUGUACAGCAGCUCGUCCCAUCCGACAGGCUGCUCGUAUUCAAUGCCAAAGAUGGAUGGGAACCGCUCUGCCAAUUCCUACGAAGACGAACUCCGAACAGCCAGUAUCCACGAAGCAACGGCACAAAGGCUUUUCGAGAGUCACUUGAUGCGAAUUGGGCGGAGCUGAGACGCAAGACUCUUAUCGGAGUCGGCUCGCGACUCCUCAUUGUUGCGGUCGGAUUUCUGUUCGUUCUUGGAGUGCUUUACUCUGACAUAUAGCAUUCAAAGCCUUCUAUUACUAUGAAGUGAGCACUUUGACCAGACACGCGGACGUUCAGCGGAGCAAAGACGACUAGACAGAGAAAGAUCAUGACGGUCUCAUUCUUUUUUUUACACCAUGGAGACAGUUGGCGCUACCAAAUCAUUCUGCUGAGCAAUAUCGAAACAAGUGCAUUCAAGGAGAGUGUAAAACAGGGCAAUCUUAACGCGUUCACUCUUCAACGAUAGUUGACUCCCAGC